GAAAUUGGUGACCACUUAUCAACCGGUUACAGGUACAUCUUAUCGUUUGGACAACAAAGCGUAUUCGGGAGCAUGGAAAAGACUGCUUGUCAUCUUCACAAUGGCGCAGCGGGACUCUUUCUGUCAGUGCUGUCGGCUAUUACACUGUCAGUGUCGGCACUUCUCGUCGGCAGUUUUCAAGAAAUCUCUGUCCUCGUGUUUUUGGCCUUCCAGCACGUCGUCAUUUUCGUUUUCGCUGUCCCCGCCUGGCUUUGGAUUGCUAGGCAACAAGAUUUUGAGCGCGAAUAUCCCGAGCGAACAGACCAAUUGAAUGUAAACAACUGCACGAGGAAUGAUACAGUGGUCGACAGUAAUGCUUCAAAGUUGUUCUACUUCGAAGAAAAUCAUCAGGAGACUAGGAAUUCCCAGAGAAAUGACUCCGAGGAGAGUAACUCCGAUAUUUUGACUUUCAUGUGUGAGGGAGAAAAAGCCGAUAUGAAGAACUCUCAGGAAGUGAAAUCCAAGAAAAAACAGCAGGAUGAUAAGCAGAAUCAUCAUGGAGAUAUAAUAAAAGGAGAAAGAAGAUUACAGAGAGAAAUAUCUCAAGUUGGUGUUACGAAUGGCAUAUCCGAGAGAAAAUAUGAAACGACCAUAGCGCAUUUUGAGAAUGAAAAGUCUAUGAAAGAGGUUACAAAAAAGCUGAAUGAAUCUAAGGUGGAAAACAAUGAUAGAAAAAAAUUGAACUCAGACACUGAAUCUCAGAAACAGAAUUCCUUGAAUGAUAAGGAAAUUAUUCCCAAGACGGGCUUGAAAUCAAUAAAAGACUGCGUCUUCGUUGUUAUUCGGGGCAGCAUGGCGUAUUUAACGGCGUGGUGUGCGUUCAAUGCUUUUAGAUACCUUCCAAUAGGAGAUGCCUCUGUUCUGGAGUACACCAACCCUAUAUAUUCGGUCAUUCUGGCCCGUGUUAUACUGAAGGAACCGUGUGGCCUUGUGGAGGCUUUCCUUACAUUGGUCAUGUUAACAGGUAUAGUCCUAAUAUCCAGACCCAGCUUUCUUUGGGGAGACUCAGCCGCACUUAACCCGAUAGGUGUCACUCUGGCCAUAGCGACCGCCGUGACGUCAUCAAUUAACAUGCUUUUUGGUAGAAAACUGAAGCAUGUGCAUAGUCUAAUUGUCAUAGCAUCAAUAGGUCUCUUUAGUGGCAUUAUUUCAUGGAUAGUUGUAUUAUCCACAGGGGGCGUUUCAUUUCCGGUCACGUGGUUGGAUUGGUGUGCUGUCGUGUUGAAUGGCGUCAUGGCAUUUACCGCCCGGAUUAGUUCCCAGAUGGCGCUGCAGAUUGAGAACGUCGCCAUCGUGAGUAUAGUGCGUACUUGUGAACCAAUCUUCGUUUUCACAUGGCAAGUGACCAUUCUUCAUGUCAUCCCAAAAUGGACGUCAGUUGUGGGAUCUCUUCUGAUUUUGGCGUGUGUCAUCGCUCUUAGUAUAAGGAAAUGUUCAGGUGACCAGGGAAAUACUAAUUUUGACGGCAACCAGGAUGCUCUGUCCGUCAAUGGAGUUUCUACGCCCUCCGAGAAACAUAAAGUUGUAUUGAACACGGGUCAAGAGGUUGGGGAAGGGGGGAGGCAAGUGCCCCCACCAGCUUAG